GCACAAAGAUAACCUCUUAAGUAAGCAGGCAAGAUAACCAUAUGGCCGGGCCAUAAGUGAAAGGCCCGGGCGCAGCCAGAACUUGGCAAAUCUCAAACGAACGAACGAUAACCACACGUACAUUCAUGAGAGUAUGCACGUCCAAAGAUGUUCUCAGAUCAAUGACCCGAUAAUACAUUUAUUAAAAAAGAGCUAAUAUCACCUUUCAUCUCUAACAUAAGCAUUGAUAAGUUUACAGUAAUUCACUGACUCAUUAACGUGAACAUAUCGAUAUUUAUGCUAUAGAUGAAAAAUGAGAUUAACAAAUCAAGUAAUGAACGCAUUUUCGAGCCACUGGUUUAACACCUUUAGACACGCAUGCCGUCACAUCAUCAGCCUGUCGACAUGCAUUGAAUCAAGGUCUACGUUCGUUCAUUUGCGACAAUUUUUACUUAAAAUAAGAUUCUCAGUAGGCUAAGUUUAGACUCAACCAGAGCCUGGCUGCUUCCCCCGCUGCCUCGGAGUCAUGGUGGUCAGUUACACCAAUAAUCUCGCCAACUUAAAAGGCUUUGGAGCGUUUUGGAAGCUCUUGUUCAGAUGGCGCGGAAGCGUGUACAAGAUGGUGUGGAAGGAUAUGCUAGUAUACAUCCUCCUAUACGCUAGUUUAUCCUGCAUCUAUAGGUUUGGGCUCACAGAUGAUCAAAAAAGGGACUUCGAGAAGGUGUCCCAGCACUGCGGCCACUUCCGGAACCUGAUUCCCAUCUCGUUCGUGCUGGGCUUCUACGUGUCGCUGGUGGUGAGCCGCUGGUGGGGCAUGUACCUCAGCAUCCCCUGGCCGGACACGUGCUGCAUCCUCCUGUCCACGCACGUCCAGGGCCAGGACGCCAUCGGCAGGAUGCUGCGCUGCACGGUGGUCCGCUACCUCAACCUGGCCUUCGUCAUGACCUUCGCCAUGGUGGCUCCGGGCGUCAAGAAGAACUUCCCGACGUUGCAGCAGCUCGUGGAGGCCG